AUGGAUAAGUUAUCUAGAACUAGAGUAGCUUGUGAGAGUUGCAGGCGGAAGAAGAUCAAAUGUUCGGGUGAACAACCAUGCUCUAAUUGUUUGAGUAAGAAAGUCCCCAUAGAAUGUGUAUUCGAAGAUAAAUCCAAGUUCAAAAUGGAUGUACUGAAAAGUUCUGGCAAAAAUAGGAAGCAAAUGAUGGAAGAUAGAUUGAGUAAACUAGAGGAUAUUUUAUUGAAUGUGGUUAAUAAGAUAGAUGGUAUCAAAACCGGAAGUGAUAGGCAUUCUAUCCCGUCCAUAGCGAGCUCAAAUGGAGUAUCCAGUUCUAACGAUACUGAGUCAUCAGUCACUUCCAAUACCUCAAAUUCUAGUCCACAAGUCAAUCAGAGUAAAUUUGAUUAUGAAGAUCUUGUUUAUAGUCAAGAUAGAGGGGUACCCAGUUUCAGACAAAGGUUCUUUGAAAACCAUUCUUUUUAUUCUAUUUGUUCCACAAAAUCUAUGAAAUGGAUCAAUGAUGCUUUACCUCCACAUCAAAAAGAUUAUUUAAAUUAUUUCAAGAAAGUCCCAUUAUUUUUCUUUUGUAAACAAGUGAAAUUCUUCCAGAAAUUCGUUGAUCCUAUUGACAUUAACGCAACCAACAAAGAAAAGUAUCUCAUUAAGCCUUUCAGAUUAGAAUAUGAAUAUGUGAUGGCCCUAGUGCAACUUUCCAAACACAAUAGUGAACCUUUAGAUUGUAUGAUAUCGAAUGAGGAAUUGGAUGAUUUGAUCUACCAAUAUUAUUUCUCCGAUAAAUUAUUGAGUAAAGCCAGCUUAUUAUUGUUAAGUUCAGUCAUAUCAUUAUCAAUAAUCAUCAAAAUAAGUUAUAAAAAAUUGGAUAAGAACAAAAAAUAUAAUCCUAUCUUGGAAAAAUACUCAGAUGAAGAACUAUAUGAACAUUAUGACGAUAUGAUAACGUCAUCUAUAUUGAUUUAUCAAAGAAUCGGAGUUUUAUCGUUAGGUUUUGAGACUAUUAGAGCAUUGUUAAUGCUUGUAGCCAGCCUUGAAGCUUCUGGAAUCAUAAUGAUUGAAAUUGCUUAUAUUAUACUAUCUUCAGCUAUAAGAUUUGCACAAGAGUUUGGUCUUCACAAACCAUUAACAUAUACCAAACUAGAUCCAGCAAAAGUUCAUCUUUAUCGAAGAUUAUGGGAGUUAUGUUUACAUUUGGACAUUGAAUUUUGUUUCAGACAUGGUAAACAACCCAUUAUCAAUACUUUUGAUUUGGUUUCUAACUUUAAUUAUGAUAUGAAUGCCAUGUUACAACUGUUUGAUGUAGGGGAAUCAUCUAUUGAACAUUAUGAUGAAAGGACCAAUAUUGGAUUCUUAAAGAAAGAGGUCAUUUUAAACCUUUAUAAUAACAACAAACAAGCAGAAAUCAUCAAUUAUUGUGAAUAUUCCAUUUCAAAAUUAAGAUUUUAUUCAUAUUUCCGAUUAUUCGCCGGUGCUGAUGAACUACAAUCACCUGAACAUCUCGAGAUUUUACUUCAAGAAUUAAAUCAAACCAGUUUGAUGAUCAUAGAUCGUUUGGUUGGGGAAUUCAAACCAAGAUUUUAUGAUGAAGUCGACUUCCAUAAAUAUAUCGAUUUCCAUAUUGAGAAUGUUAAGAAAACUCAGGCAGAUGAAGUUGUUCUUCACGAUGGAGUGUUGAAUUUACAUUUCGUUUUCUUCUUUCAAUUGAUGGUAACUAAUAGAGUACCAUUUUUAACUGCAUCAACCAAUGAAUCACCUAAAAUGCAAACUUUUAGGACAAUUUCCAAUAAAAGUGCUAGAACCAUUUUACAUUUAACUUUAAAAUGUAAGCCAUUGGUUGAACAAGCGUUUGGUUUUGUUUGGAUGUCAUUUUAUCCAUUUGCAGCAUUUUUAAUUCUUUCUUCUACUUUGAUGUAUGCUCCUCAUCAUAACGAUGUUAAACAUGAUAUAAAUUUACUCGUAGAAGUAAGUAAUUUCAUGUUCGAGUUGGCUUUCAACGAUUAUGCUGAAGAUACAGUUACUUUCAGUUUGUAUAACAAUAGGUUUGGUUUACAAGCUGCUAUCAUGAAAUUUUUCUUGCAAAUCGUUAUAGCUAUAGUUGACUCAAAAACUGGUCAACAAACUCCUAGGAAUCAAAUUUAUGAUCAACAGAUGGCUAGAAUGUCUACAAUUGCACCAGUUAUUUUCUCCAAAGAGAAACCUAUAGAUUUCCCCUUUGUAUUCUCAGAGGAUGCCCAACCAUGCUUUGAUCGUUCAACAAUUGACUCACCAAGUAAUAAUCCAUCAUUAGCUAAUAUCAUCAAUAAAGAUGAUACUGAAGAUAAGUUUGAGGAAUAUUUGAAUAUUCAAAUGAAUGAUUUCAUCAAUAACCAAAUGGAUUCGUUACCCAAUUUCUUUAUUGAUAAUAAUUUGGGGUUCUAA